AUGCAGACACCAUCCCUUUUCUCGAAAAAAAUAUCCGUCUUUUGUAAAUUCAGAAGAAAUAUUUUCAACAGCAUUAACCGAAAUGACGAGACGCCAAAUCUGAGCACUAUCCAUUUGAGCACUUCCCUCGAGGGGGAAGAAUAUGCCAGAGAAGAUGAAACGAACAAAUAUGAAGGAGCAGUGGAUAGAGAAGCACACCUAUGCAAUGAAGAACAUAUCCCAUACAAUUUGAUAAGGGAAAAGGAUCUCUAUGGAGUUAACUUAAACGUGGAUAUAUUUCUCCUGAAAAAUAAUAACAUCGUGUUUUUCCUGCACAAUGUAAUAAACAUUUACAACCCUGUAAUAAAAUCAUUGAGGAGUUUGUUUACGAAGAAUGAUUACGUUAUCACUUGCUCAGUCUUGCAUGAAGACUCCCUCAUAGUUGUCUUGUAUGGAUCCGCUCGUUGUUCAUGCAUACAAAUAUAUUGCAUGGAAGGACAGAACUUGAAGGAAGAAAUAAAAUUAGAUGAUCUUGAUUUCUACGAAAAAAUUUUUGUCCAGAAGGAUAAUAACUACUUCGUGUUGAUAACAAAUAAACGGAUAUUGAAGGUUCUGGAUUCAGAAAAAAAAACUUUUAUUCUGAACAUGUAUCUGCAUCAGGAAUACUGCAACAUUGAACAGUACUAUGAUUUUUUUUUAAUUUUACGGAAAAAGAAGCUAUUUUUGUGGAACUUGGAACGGACAUACACAGGCCUUAAAGUUAAAGAAAAGAACCUGGAAAUUGACCCAACGGUGCAAGUGAAUUGCUUUGGAUUCUGCGAGAAAAAUAUUCUGAUCGGGACAUCCGAUGGAAGACUCUUCCUACUGAAAGAUCUCGUGGAAAAAUGGAUAAUCAAAAAUGAAAAUGGACAAGUUCACUUCCACAGAAAUAUGUGCUACGUACAUUACUACGACGGAUACAUAACUACGAAAGAUGGGGACUCGCUCAAAUUAUGGGCCUGCGAAUUCAACCUAGCUAGUCUCUCUACGCAAAAGGAAUUGUUCGUUAAACUGGAAAAAGAUGUGUCUAUCCAAGUUAAUAUAAGCAAAAUAAUUUCUCAUGAAAAGUUCUUCCUCCUGAUCGAUAAAAAAAACUGUACCAUAUAUUCUUCAAAAAAAAAUAACUACGGCGAUUUAAGUACAUUUUUUUACACACAUAACAGCAAAAUAAAAAAUAUUUUCUCCUGGAAAAAUAAUAUUUUCAGCUUUAGCUAUAAUGGGAAAGUUUUUAAUUACGAAUUGGAUGAGAAGAAAAUGGAAAGGAAUUAUUGUCUUCAUAAAUUUCGAGACUUCAUAACCUGUGUUAAGUACCUCUACUGUGAAAAUAAUUUUUUUUUUUUCUGCAUUGGCUUUAAUAAUGGAGUUAUAUACAUAGUAAAAAUGAAGCAACUCUUUCUGGACGUUGUGACUUGUGUAAAGACGAGCAAUAACCCGAUCAUCGACAUUGAGAAAAGCGAAUGUUGUAAAUAUAUAUGUGUCAUCUCGCAGGAGGAGGAGUACGUUUUUUUUUUGUACAAACAUGAGAAUGUGUUUAAGCCAUUGGGAUAUUUGAGGAUUUGCGAAACGGAGCUGAGGGGCUCUUUCUACUUGCCGUCCACCCGGUCUUUCUACAUCCUCGGGGUGCGCAAUCUCCUCUUCCGGGUUUGCGUAGAUCGGCUGGCGGAACACAUAUCGGAUGGAUCGGCAUAUACAUCAGGGGAAUAUCCACAGUCGCCACAUACACCAGGGGGUUGUCCCCAAUCAGCGUUACAAACACCGCUACCCUCUGCAAGCGAGGAAAAUCCUUACGAUCUUCGCAUCCAGUACGAAAUCCUCGAGGUGAAGUUUCACUCCACGGAGGAUGAGUCCUACCUAUAUGCCUCCAGGGGAAGGAAAAGCGCAGAAAACAGCUCGGUGAUGGACAGAGCUAGUAGUCACACCGAAUAUAGCGAGAGCGAAGGCGACUCCCCCGUGAAUAGUUCGGCUAGCGACAUAUCAGAAGGGGAGUACGAGAAAAUGAACUUCUACAGAGAUAAAAUGAGCCUCACGAGGGGCACAGAGGAGGAGAUAGAGAAAAAAGAAUCCUCCAUACAAUUAUCCAUCUUUAAGAACAAAAGGAAGAACCUACAGAAAUAUGUAGAAACAUUGUUUAGUGAGUCUGUGAUGAACAAGCUGGAAAAAAGACGAAAAAAAUAUCCCACCUGCUUGAGCGUAAAUCUGGAGAGGGACAAAAGGAAAGAAGAAGAAAAAGAAAAUGCAGAGGAGGAAAAAAAAAAUAAAAAAAAUAAAUUAAGCACUGGGAAGAGCCUCGAAAUAAAUAUUUCGUGCUUAGCAAAAAUGAAUGAUAAUGGGUUUGUGCUAACAACUGAGGGGAUAAAAAAUAAUUGCAUUUUUUUUUUACAGCUUAAUGGAAGGUGUAAUCGGAGAUACAGAGUGGAGAAUGACCGAAGAAGGACCAUUUUGCGUCCAACCGUGGUGUAUAAAAUUGCCCGAAAAAAUUUUCCCCCAAGGGUAUCCAUAGUUAGCAUGAUCGUUAAUGAAGCGAAUCAUCUACUCUUCUGCUUAACAAACCAUAACAACAUUUUUGUCUUUUCAACAAAAUAUUUUUUUCUAUAUUAUCGAGUUAAAAUCCCACUGUAUGAGAAAGUUCGCAACAUUUACGUAAACGAAGGAGAAAAGAAAAGACAAUACAUUUUUGUUAGUCUCGGAAAUAAUUAUAUAAAAUUGGAUUUUCACUUUUUCUUCGUACACCUGUUUAAUGUUUUAAAGAGAUACCAUGUGAGUGCGCACCGAUGGAUACAACGUUUCGGAAGAGAUACACAAAUGGAAAAAUCUACAAGCUCGGAAAUGCCACACUUAACCAUGGAUUCCUUGUACCAAUUUUUCAUCGAAGAAAUUCACGACUAUAUUGUAGAAAAAUUUGUGACAAAAAAAAAAAAAAAAAAAAAUAUUAUUCCUUUCACGUUGGAAGAUAUCCGCUCUGAUGUAGCAUUCCUCAUGCAACUUUUCAAAAAUGAGCAACGACUGGAAGGGGAAUUAUCCGGUGGCACCAGAGGGGGAAUCCCAGAAGAGGAGACAACCCCAAAGAACCCUGAGGAUGAUAAGGGGCGCUCCGAAGGUAACGAAAUUAUGGACAUUUGGAACUUUAUCCAGAAUAACAACAAAGAAGAGGAGAAGGAAAAAAUUGAAGAACAGAAAAAAAAAAUAAAUCUUAUUUUAAAUUACGACCAACGUAACAUGAUUACCAUCUUUAACACGAAUGAGGCGGUCCAGGAUGAAGACAUUCUGUACAGUUUACGAGAAAUGAAAGAAGCAAAGGAGAAUGAAGAAAAUGUAAAGAGGGCACUUUUACAUAAAAAAAAUAUGAACAUGAAAAUUAACAAACUAAAAAAAAAAUAUACAAAAUUUUUAAAAAAAAAAAAAUUUCUCAUUGAUGUAGACAUGUCCAAAAGGAUCUACAAACACCUCAAGGACAAAAUAAAAGAAUAUGAAAAAGUAUUCACGUACAACCAACGCGAGUAUGAUGAAAGAAUUCGCUAUCUUAUCCGGACAUAUCAACGAUUGAAAUGUUCUAGACACACUCUAACUUCCCAUGAAAUGGAUGGAAAAGCUCCACUAACUAUGACGUGCAUAAAAAUGUACUUGAAAAAUAACCGCCUGAACGAAUUUGUAAAAAAAAAAAAAAAAAAAUCCAACAAGAGGAAAAUUAAAAAUGAAGUCCAACUUAUGAACGAAGUGAAUCAGUGCCUCCAUCAAUUUAACGACAACAGACAGAAAAAUCAAAAGCUAAAAAUUGUAAAUAAUGAAGAAAAAAUUGAAGAAAUAUGCCAAAAGAAAAAAAUUAUUAAAAUGUAUGAACAUGUACUUGCUCAGCUUGACCAGAUGGAAAAGGCUGCCACGCCCCCGCGCCCCCCCCGAAGGAUAUCGAGCAUAACGGAGAUCAUUAGUAAAUACGAAGAAGACAAGAGGAAGCUCGUGCACCAGAUUAAUUUCAUCAAGGAGAUGUUCAACGAGGAUUUUCGUGCGGUGAUGUCACAGAUGGAGGAGCGAAUGGCGCAGAUGCACGAUGAAGUACUUUUUUUGAAGGAAGCCCUGAAAAAGGAGAAGGCACCAUGCGGUAAAGCGGAACAAGGGGAAGGAAUGGAACCUGAAGUGAAGAGUGCUUGUCCUUCUUAUGAUCAGAUGGAAUCCCCCUUGCCAGAAAUGGCUACCUCCCCCGAGAUGGCCCCUUCCCAUUCGAAGCAAGUGGACACCACGCGUGGGUCAGAGAAGGCAGCAUCUUCCAUGCUGAAUCAUCUUGAACAGUUUAUCCUAAAGAAGAAAGGAACAUGCGUGGCGAAAAUAAAAAAUAUCAAUUUUGAGCGGAACUACUUUGAAAGGAAAAACAAAGAUUACAAGAAAGAGCAGAUCGAAAGACAGUUGGAAAAAAUCAGAAAGAAAUUUGCUGAAGAGGUAAGGUUGCUACACAUGAAGAAGGUAGAAGCCAUUCGGAUAAUAAAAUUUAUUUCCCUCAAAAUUGUUUCCAUAGAUGAAAAAAAUAGUAUAUUAAUGCAGUUGCGAAAGAGGGAGGUGAAGUUAAAGAAGCAAAGGAAGGUGUUUACAAAAGAGUUGAGCAUCCUGGAUAAUCAGAUGAAUACAUAUAUUCAGGAAAUGCAAAUGUUGGUCUACGAGUUGGAUUGCCACAAUGAACAAAAGGAUAAAAACCUCCAAAGGGUAAAAGAAAUGAUAGGAGAAGACAGCCUCUGCUACAAGACACUUAUUAAGGGGCUUCGGAAAAAUCAGGACGAGGCGUCAGACGAGAGUGAUGGAGGGUAUUCGAAGGGUGGUGCGCCAGCCGAGGAAGAAGACGAUAAUGAAAACCCCGCGACCAAAUGUGCCGAACUUGGACAAACACAGACACAGGAGAAUGAUCAAGCAGAUCACGUGGAUGACGCCGAUCAGGUGGACCCACUGAAGAAAAAUGGAUUGAACAAAACGGAGCAAAUCGAAAAAAUAAAAAGAGAAAACAUGUCCAUUUUGAACGGAAUAAACAACAUAAAGAAAAAUAUAGAAUAUAAAAAAAACGAGCAGAGAAAAUUACUGACAAAAAAAAAAAACAUCGAGAAGGAAGUCCACAUGCUAAAUGAAGAAAUGAAAGUAAUUGAGGAAGACAAAAAAAAAUAUAUCUCCCAAGUUAAGUUCUACAUACUUGUAAAAUUUUCUAAAUUAAGAAAUAUAGACUAUCUCUAUGAUAAAAAAAAGUACCGUUUAAAUUUGAGCAGCCAGUGCGCUAUCAUCAGCAGAGAGCAGUACAGAGACAUUAUCGAAAAAAUGGAAAAACUGAUACACAGGAAAGAAGAAUUAACUAAAAUAUACACAACGCUAAAAAGGGAAAAUGCAGAAUUGGAACAUGUAAAUAAUAAGCUAUAUAAAAAUAUGAACGAUAAAAAAAAUGCACUAAAAAAUAAAUUGAAAAAACAUGAUUUAAUUUUUGAUUUUAACGAUUUGGAAAAAAAAUAUCAGGAGAAAAAAAAAAAAGGAAUUAUACAGGAAAUUAAAAACACAGAAAUUGAGAAUAACAGAUAUAUGAAUUUGCUUCAUAAGGAACUCGCUCAGAAAAAUAAUCAAUUAAAUGAGGUCCGUAGACACAAUACUCUACUGCUUGAAAAAAUAAAUCAGUAUAUUCAGGUGCUCAAGGUGAGGACAGAGCAAAAUGAAAGCGUUGGAUAA